GAAUUCACAACAAGAUGGCACAACAGCCUAGUCCUACAUGAGAGACGUCACACAGGGGAAGGCAUGAUGAAAUGUGACCACUGUGAUUAUGUGACUCCUGACAAAGAUGGUCUUCUCAGACAUCAAAUCAAACACAAAGGAGAAAAGCCAUUCGUCUGCGGACAGUGCAACAAGGCGUUUGCCCGCAAGUGCGAGCUGAAGCAACACGAGCUGCGGCACGCCGGCAUCAAGAGCGCCAUGUGCCACAUCUGCGGAGACACCUUCCAACAGAAGCAGAGCCUUGUGCACCACAUCCAGGCACAGCACCACGGGCUGAAGAUGUACAAGUGUGACCAGUGUCCAUUUGAGACUGGAUACAAUUCUUCUCUCCUGACCCACAGGCGAGCCCAUCACACACAUGAGAAGCCAUAUAGGUGUGAGUUUGAAGGCUGCAGCUAUGCCUCAGCUAGCACAUCACAACUUAAAGUGCACAGGAGAAAACAUACAGGAGAGAAACCAUUCAAGUGCACAGUGUGCAACUAUGCCUCUGCUGACAAUGCAGGACUGCGUAAACAUGUGAGGAGACAUUCCAGCCUGCGCCCCUACAAGUGUAACAUGUGUGACUUUGACACCAAGCACAGCUUCCUACUCAGAAAACACAUGGAGACCACCCACAACGUCAUGAACAACUGUAAAUUCAAUCAGCGUCAACUGUCUUCAAUGGUUACCACAGACCUCAGUUCUGAAAACAACAGAGUGGCAAUGGACAUCUUCAGACAAAAUUUACAGACUGUAGAAAACCAAGGACAUGGCUUGGCAGAAGUGCAUCCAUCCGUUGCCACAUGUUGAAGGGCAAGGAGAAAAGGGAGAACUUCAUGUCUAGAGGAUGUUUUAAAAUGCAUGGAAACAACUUCUAU